ACUUGCCCACAAACGACAACCACCACCACCACCACCCCGCGGGGAUAGAUAUUUACCCAUUAUUAUUUGUUUAUUAUUUAAUUUUCUGUUUUUUUUCUUUUUUUUGGUUUGUUUAAUUGAUUAAUUGCUUAAUUUAAUUUUCUGGGUUAAUUAAUUGGAGGGGGGAGAGAGAGAGAAGAAGACCCAGAUGGGAGCGAGGAAGGCAUCUACGUCUGCAAGCUGUUUUGUAAAACGUGGCGGCGAUUAAGAAUUUCUUUUGCAAGUGCCGCUACUAUAUAAAGAGAGAGAUAUAGAUAUACCCCUUUUCAGGAAUUAGAAAGUUAUGGGCGGAAGAAGGCGGUUAUGUCGGUGAAUUUGGAUCUUUCUCCCUGUUUCUGCACCCAUGGUAGCCUCACCGCAUGAACAAAAUCCCACUACUGCGCCACUGCAGUGAAGGAGAAGAAGAGCAGAGCAUGCUCCCAUCCAAGCAGAGCAAUAUUUCGAGUUCGAUUGAUGGCGGAUUUGAUUGAUUGAUUUAUCGAUCGAUUGGUUGGUUGAUUCUCUCUUUUUCUGUGGAGAAUUAACAGGUGGGCUUGAUUCAGGGGUGUUCGGAUUAAGCUCGAGGCUGUGGAUUGAAGAUGGAGGGAGGGUGUUCGACGAAACGAUCGGUGGGGCAGAGCGAGAAGAAGUACAAGGGGAUAAGGAUGAGGAAGUGGGGGAAGUGGGUGGCCGAGAUAAGGGAGCCCAACAAGCGGUCCAGGAUAUGGCUGGGCUCCUACUCCACCCCCGUGGCGGCGGCGCGUGCCUACGACACGGCGGUGUUCUACCUGAGGGGCCCGUCGGCCAGGCUCAACUUCCCGGAGUGCCUAGCGGGCGAAGGCUGCCUCCACGACAUGUCGGCGGCGUCGAUUCGGAAGAAGGCGACGGAGGUCGGAGCCAGGGUCGAUGCGCUCGCGACGGCUGUUCGCGCUUCGUCUCAGGUCAAGCCCUGCGGCGCCGGCAGCGGGUUCGAUGAGAAGCCCGACUUGAACAAGAUGCCCGACCCGGAGAAUUCCGACGACGAUGACGUUUGGGGAAGAGACUUGGAGUAGUAAACCAUGGCAGGCCGUGUAGUGUAGUCUCUCUUUCUUUCUUUCUCCAUCUCUCCCUUCUCUCUCGUCUGUGAGGGUGUGGCGCUUCGCAUGCGCCGGGGGAGGGUGCCCCCGGACGGCCCAAUGAAUGAUGGGAGCCACUUUGAUUAGUAGGUUGGAUUAGUGAAUGUGUCCCUUUGCUUAAAGCCUAGUGGAUUUGGAUGAUGAAAUUUUGGCUACUUGUAGAAAAAAAAAUAUAUAAAGAAGGGUCCUUGUAUUAUUAA